AAAAAAAAAAAAAAAAGAGACAAAGAACGAGGGAGAUAAGAUGGGGUACAGUUCAUUCUUAAGAAGCCCAAAGGAAGAGGAACAAGAGGUGCCAGACAGUAGUGUUCACACAAAAUUCUCCGACACAAAAGCUGCUUAUGGCGAUGAAGAACAACUCCAUAUUAUGGAUGAGUUGGAGGGCAUCUGGGGCAUUGAAGAUGACGAAAAUUUAGCAAAGGACAGCAAGAAGUAUGGUCAACUCAGCUGGGAUUUCAUGGAUUGGGAAGAAUUUCCAAAAGGAGAAGGAGAAGAGCAAGAGAAGAAGGUGCUGGAGAGCGCAAACCAAUGCUUUUUUGAAGAAGCAAGCUACUACAUGAGCAACAGCAUCAAGGUUGCAGUAAAGAGAGAAAAUAUUGGGUCGUUUUGGGAUGAUGAUGAUGAUGAUGAAAAGAUUCCGACAUCAUUGAACUUGAACUUGAAUUAUGAACAAGUCUUGGAUGCAUGGUCCAACCGGGGGUCUCCUUGGGCCGAUGGCGAUGGCGAUGUCUAUUCUCUUUCUAUGCCCAGCAAUGGCUAUUAUAUGGGAGAGGUGCCAGUGAUGGAAGAAGAGAGAACCAGAAGGGAAGCAAGAGUUUUAAGGUACAAAGAGAAGCGCCAGACAAGAUUGUUCUCCAAGAAGAUAAGAUACCAAGUUCGAAAACUCAAUGCUGAUAAAAGACCAAGACUCAAGGAUGCGAUAUUUCUGGAUGCAGGGGCGAUUCGUGAAGCGAGUUUCUUGACAAGAGUUUAAAAUAUCUGGCAAAAUAUCUUUGUGGAAUUGUUGUUGCAUAUGCUUUUGUGGUUAUAUCUCAAUGAAAUAUCUAUUUUUAUUCA